AUGAGCGACCGCGGGAUUCUAAUGGACUUUGUACUGGGAAGUAUCGCCACCAGUGGCGCCUGCGUCGUCUCGAACCCCAUGGAAGUCAUCAAGACGCGGAUGCAGCUGCAAGGAGAGCUCGUGCCUCAUGUCACAGGACGCGCAGUAGCGCCCACGGUCCAGUACCGCAACUUUGCUCAUGCUUUGUACACCAUAGGACGGACGGAAGGACUGCGUGGCAUUCAACGGGGUCUUGGGUCGGGUAUUUCGUACCAGAUCUUUAUGAACGGCCCUCGUCUGGGCCUCUACGAGCCACUUCAGAAGGUGUUUGGUGCUACGGAUGCUACUGCUUUUUCGUUCCCACUGCGCAACGUCUGCGCUGCUGCUACUUCAGGCAUGAUUGGGGCAUUCAUUGGCAGUCCCUUCUUUCUCGUCAAGGCACGCAUUCAAGCAGCAAGUUCGUGUGGACACGUUAAUGCCCAGUACGCGUACAAAGGAAUGAUGGAUGGGUUCCGUCAGAUCAUCAGGACGGACGGAAUCACGGGGAUUUAUCGUGGCGCUACGGCAUCAAUACCACGUGUUGCGAUUGGUUCUGCAUCGCAGUUGGCUACGUAUACGCAGUUGAAAACAGUCUUGGCUGCAGCAGGAGUUGAAGAUGGCGUGUGGGUUCAUUUGAGCUCGAGUAUUUUGACCGGUCUCGUGGUCACGAUGGCGAUGAACCCGAUUGAUGUCGUGUCGACACGGAUUUAUAGCCAGAAAGUCGUGAACGGCAAGGGUAAACUGUACUCGGGUGUGAUGGACUGUUUCAGGAAGACCUUGAAUAGCGAAGGCAUUCGAGGUUUCUACAAGGGCUGGGCAGCACACUACAUGCGGCUAGGCCCACACACCAUCGUCACUUUCAUUAUCUGGGAGAAAGCGAAGAAAGUAGCUACAGAGUUCGGAUACUAG